UUCCGCAUCCAGUAAUUAGGCCUUCACGACAGGCAUCUUGUUGUGGUUGAUCACCGACAUAUGGCUGCGCCACAUGCGGGUUGCACGGAAGGGUCAGAUGGUCCCCGCCCGUGGUCAAGCGGCUCACCGGCUCAGCACCUCAGCGCCUGGCCAGCUGCUCCCAAACUCAACCAGACACGGGCAACGCAGACUCUGAGCGACGGCUCGCCUGCAAACGCGGGGCGGACGCGACGACCUUCCCCCACAGGCUACCCCAGAUCAGGCGGUUACGUACAGGCCGUCUGUCACGCCAUAUAAGUGUCGCUCGAGGCCUGCACCCGCUGGAAAGCGCAGUUACCCGGAGUCCAGUACAUAGAUUGCGCAUGUGCAUGUCGCAAUCAUGUCUGGCUCCAACGCAUCGCCGCCGCGCUCAGGCCCAUCGUCGCACACCCGCACCUACCAGGCCUGCAUCCCGUGUCGCCGCCGCAAGGUGCGCUGCGACCUGGGGCCCGUCGACAACCCGCACGACCCGCCGUGCGUUCGCUGCCGCCGCGAGAGCAAAGAGUGCUUCUUCUCGGCGACGCGGCGCAAGCGGAAGCAGGACGGCGAGGACGAGGCCGACGAGGCCGACGACUACGAGGUGCGCAAUGCGCGCAAGCGGAGCCGGCCCAGCGAGGUCGAGCACCACGAUGUCACGGCCGUCAAUGCCGCCGCCUACGUCUCGCAGCCGCUGACGCCGGGGGGCUCCAUCGGCCGCUAUGAGCCGCUGCGCCGGCCGACUACGGCUGCAUCGAUGCACGCCGUCGAGCACAGCGAAGAGGACAUCAAGGCCCACAACGAGUCGGUCGCGACGCUGCAGACGGGCGAGAUCUACAGCGGCCACGAUGCCCUGAACCUGCUCUUUGAGGCCGCCCGCAACGGCGGCAUGGACAUGCACCACCGCACCGCCAGCGCCUCGAGCAUCCAGCGCCCGACCAUGGGCAGCACCCCGGGCUCCAGCUUCGCCGCCAGCCCGCACGUCACCGUGCCGCAUGUCAGGAGCGACUCGCGUGCAGCGGCCGAUAACGUGGACCCGGCCAUCACGCAGCCGCCGCCGCCGCCGCCGCAGCCGCCGCAGCCGCAGCCGCAGCACCCCGUCCUGCCCGACCCGCCCAACGAGGCAGCCUUCAGCGAUGCGAUCCAGGCGUGGACCAGGUUCCGCUUUGUGCGCGCCGGCUGGUUGACCGCGAAGGAGGCCAUUGCAUACAUGGACUACUUCUACGCCUACCUGUCGCCCCUGACGCCCAUCGUUGUGCCAGACUACCGCGACCAUGCCUAUCACGGGAAGCUGCUGAAGGAGGAGCCCAUGCUUGUCAUCACCUUGCUCACCAUUGCAUCGCGCUACUCACAGCCCAGCGGCACCACCAGCGCGGGCGCAGCAUCACGCGCGUAUCUGAUCCACGAGAAGCUCUGGAAGUACUUGCAAGGCAUGAUCGACCGCAUGAUCUUCGGACAGGAGCAGUUCGGCGGGGGCUUCUGCGGUGCGGGCCAGCAGCCCGGGUCAGACGUGAACCCGCUCUCCAGGAAAGGGCUGCGCACGCUCGGCACGGUCGAGAGUCUGAUGCUGCUGACCGAGUGGCACCCGCGCGCUCUGCACUUCCCUCCCGGCGACGACGACGACGAGCUUGUUCUCCCGGACGAUUUGGAGCACGAGAAAGGUCCAAAGGCGGACAUGUACAAAGGCGUGGGCGAUAAGCGUAUCGAUAGCUGGCUAGAACCGUGUUGGCGCAGCGACCGCAUGUGUUGGAUGCUGCUCGGCAACGCCAUGACGCUCGCGUUCGAAAUCGGUGUGUUCGACGAAACCAGCGAGACCGAGUUCGAGCAGGCAAACCAGCACCUCUCUCACGCCACUGUAAAGUCGUACUUUCGCCGAAAGAACCAUCUCAAGAACCUGCUUAUCAUAUACGUCACCCAGACCAGCGGUCGGCUGGGACUGACGUCGAUGCUCCCCAAAAUCGACCAGCGCGAUGAGAACUUCGUCGGCGGGCCAACGCCAAACGAGCUGUACCAGCAGCGCGUGAGCGACAUCAAAGCGCCCCCGAUGCAAUUCGGCACGCGGCCCAGCGCUGCGCAAGACGGCCACCGACUACCGCUCGAGUCCGUGGCGCACCAGGAACGCCAUGCCGUGCAGGACUUGGUGCUCGACUUCUGGACCCGCAUAGCCAAGGUCAUGGAAAUGGGGAAUCUGAAGCUCUUCUCCAACCGGCGGAAAACGCGCGAACUGCUCAAGUCGGGGCAGUACGAGGACAUGCUCAAGUUCUUCCAGGGCCCGCUGAUGGAAUGGAAGAAUUGCUUCGAUCGCGCUCCUCAAGUCCCAACCCAACUCCGCCACGUUCUCAUCAUAGAGUUCGAAUACACCCGCGUGUACCUCAACUCGCUCGCACUCCAAGCCGUCGUCGAGCGCUGCACACACAACACCCCCCUCCAAUCACACGCCAAUCUCUCCACAGCCCCAAACGGCACAGGCACAGCGCCCGCCCCCACCGACGGCGGUGCGAUCCCCUUCAGCACGCUAACAAAAUGGUACGCAAACGACCGGCACUACAUCAACGAAGUCAUCGACGCCUCGCGCAACGUGCUCAAAGUCGUCGUUGACGGCCUCUACCCGGGCGACUACCUGCGCCACGCGCCCGUGCGCACAUUCUUCCGCAUCGUCAGCGUCGCCAUCAUCCUGCUGAAAACCUUUGCGCUCGGCGCGACAGAAGAAGACGUCGCCGUCAGCCUGGCGCUGCUGUCCGGCGCCGUCGACGCCCUGCGCACCAGCAUCGUCGACGACGUGCACGUCGGCAACCGCUUCGCCGACCUCGUCGAGACGCUCACGCACCGCAUACGUAGCCGCUUCGUGCGCCUCGCCGCAAAUGGAUCGACGGGCCUCAGUCGUGCUGGAUCUCGAUCGCCCAUCUCCGCGCCCCUGAUGCCGCCGCCCGCGCCCCUGAUGCCGCUGGCAGGGAGCUACAUGGGCUCCAACUCGACCGUGUUCCCCGGCCACGGGACGGGCCACGGGACGGGCACAAGCGUGCCCGGCUCGCCCAGUCUCGGGCUUACCGCAAGCGGCCGCGCAACGCCCAUCUCCCAAUCGCUGUGGGGCAUCAGCGCCGAGCUGUACGACCCCAACUCAAACAGCAUCAGCAUCAUGCCCCCGCCAGGCUUCAGUGCGUUUCCGCACCCGAACACCCCCGGCGGCAGCGACGGCAAUGCGGGCACGGCGAACACUCAGGACGGAGGCUCGUGGUCCCAGUGGGCGAAUAGCGGUGCGGGCUGGGGCGGUGCGAACAACGACCAGGACUGGCUGGCGCUGCCACUCGAUCCGCUGCUUGAUCAGUGGGGUGCGGAGAUCAAUCAGACGGCCAUGGGACCGGAUGUUGGGGGCAUGGACAUGCUCGACAUCUUGCUGAACAUGGGAGGGCCGCCUGGAAGCACGUCGUAGGCUUACGAAAGCGCAGAGGCGUCAGGGGGAGCGCGAGUGGACUCUCUCAGCUGCAUGUUUUACUGUCUCAACAUUCACCUGGAAUCUUGUGAUACCCCACCAGCUUCUGCUGUGUCACCUCAUCAUUAUCUUUUUCCUAUCCGCACUGCAUAACGAGAGAAGGGUGGGAGCUUGGAAAUGUAUCAAGUACUCCUCGGUAAUGGAGAAUCAAGCAAACAACAGAACAAACGAUGACCAACAGAAGCAGAAACCAAGAGCGCAUCAUCACCUCCUGAUCGCCCAGACACCCCACAGGAGGUCGUUCAACAGCCAGU